GGAGCCUCGUCCGACCAGACGCUUUGCCUGCUCUCCGCUCCGCCGCCGCCCUCGGCUGAGGACCGGGGAAGCGGCCGCCUCGGGGGCUGGGGAGCCUCUUAGCCGCUCUCCCCGCCGCUCCCGGCUUUUCUCGGCGGCUCCUCUCGCUCUGGGCGCAAAGCCGCGGGGUGCCCUCUGUACGGCGGCGUGCGGCGGGAGCGAGCUUGGUUCCCAGAUGGCCGGUUCCUUGAACGGCCGGAACCCGCGCAAGGGACGGAUCCUGGGCUUCAUUGAUGCCAUCCAGGACGCCGUGGGCCCCCCCAAGCAGGCAGCUGCUGACCGGAGAACUGUGGAGAAGACGUGGAAGCUUAUGGACAAAGUGGUAAGAUUGUGCCAAAACCCAAAGCUUCAACUCAAAAACAGCCCACCCUACAUACUUGACAUUUUACCUGACACUUAUCAGCAUUUGCGACUUAUACUGAGCAAAUAUGAUGAUAACCAGAAACUUGCACAACUCAGUGAGAAUGAGUAUUUUAAAAUCUACAUUGACAGUCUCAUGAAAAAAUCGAAACGGGCUAUAAGACUCUUCAAAGAAGGGAAGGAAAGAAUGUAUGAGGAGCAGUCACAGGACAGGAGAAACCUAACAAAGCUGUCCCUCAUCUUCAGCCACAUGCUAGCAGAAAUCAAGGCUAUUUUUCCAAAUGGCCAAUUCCAGGGUGAUAACUUUCGUAUCACCAAAGCUGAUGCUGCAGAUUUCUGGAGAAAAUUCUUUGGAGAUAAAACUAUAGUGCCAUGGAAAGUGUUCAGGCAGUGCCUUCAUGAAGUUCAUCAGAUAAGCUCUGGUUUGGAAGCAAUGGCUCUGAAAUCUACUAUUGACUUGACCUGCAAUGACUACAUUUCGAUUUUUGAAUUUGAUAUCUUCACUAGAUUAUUUCAGCCAUGGAGUUCAAUCUUAAGGAACUGGAACUUCUUAGCUGUGACACAUCCUGGAUAUAUGGCAUUCCUGACAUAUGAUGAAGUGAAAGCGAGGCUGCAAAAAUACAGCACUAAGCCUGGGAGCUACAUUUUCAGACUGAGUUGCACUCGCUUGGGACAGUGGGCCAUUGGAUACGUGACUGGCGAUGGGAACAUAUUGCAGACUAUACCUCACAAUAAGCCUCUGUUUCAAGCUUUGAUUGAUGGCAGCCGGGAAGGAUUCUAUCUGUUUCCAGAUGGACGAAGUUAUAAUCCUGAUUUGACGGGAUUAUGUGAACCGACACCACAUGAUCACAUAAAAGUCACCCAGGAGCAGUAUGAAUUGUACUGUGAAAUGGGUUCCACUUUUCAGCUGUGUAAAAUCUGUGCGGAGAAUGAUAAGGAUGUGAAGAUUGAGCCUUGCGGACACCUUAUGUGCACUUCUUGCCUUACAGCGUGGCAGGAGUCUGAUGGCCAAGGCUGCCCUUUCUGCCGCUGUGAAAUCAAAGGAACUGAACCAAUCAUUGUGGAUCCCUUUGAUCCAAGGGAUGAAAACUCCAGGUGCUGCAGUAUUAUUGAUAGCUUUGGUAUGCCCAUGUUGGACUUGGAUGAUGAUGACGAUAGAGAAGAGUCUUUAAUGAUGAAUCGUUUGGCUUCAGUCCGAAAGUGCAAUGAGAGGCAGAAUUCACCAGUGACUUCCCCAGGAUCUUCCCCUCUUGCACAAAGAAGAAAACCACUUCCAGACCCCUUGCAAAUCCCACAUCUUAGUCUUCCACCUGUACCUCCUCGGCUGGAUCUUAUUCAGAAAGGAGUAGCACGGUCACCGUGUGCCAGCCCAACUGGAUCACCAAAGUCUUCUCCUUGUAUGGUGAGGAAACAAGACAAACCUUUGCCAGCACCUCCACCUCCCUUGCGUGAUCCUCCACCGCCCCCACCAGAGAGACCCCCUCCAAUUCCACCAGACAACAGGAUAAGUAGACACCUGCAUCAUCCGGAAAGUGUGCCUUCCCGAGACCAGCCGAUGCCCCUCGAAGGCUGGUGUCCCAGAGACGUGUUUGGGACAAAUCAGUUGGUAGGAUGUCGAAUAGGGAGUGACGCUUCUCCCAAGCCAGGACUGACUGCAGUUUCAAACAUAAAUGGAAGGCACAACCGCGUAAGUUCUGAUCCAGGAUUUAUGAGGAAACAUAGACGUCACGAGCUGCCUGUGGAAGGUGCCAAGGUCUUUUCAAAUGGUCAUCUGAUAAAUGAAGAAUAUGAUGUCCCUCCACGGCUUUCACCCCCUCUUCCAGCUGCGUCCGUCAGCCCUAGUAUAAAGUGCCCUGUUCUUUCAGCAAAUUCUUUGUCUGAUAAACCAAGGGAUCAUACAGAUAAUGAUGAUGACUACAAAGUUCCUUCUUCACAUCCUGUAAUACUGAGCUCACAACCACCUCAUGGUCAUAAUAUAAAACCUCUUGCUCGGGUGUGUGAGAAUGGUCAAUGUGCUGGAGUAAUGAAUGGAACUUCUACUUCUGAGAUGAAGAAAUCAAAACAUCCAGAGUUAGGAGAUGUCUGUGAUGCACCUACUGCUCCGGUACCUUUGCCACCUGCACGACCUCCUACCAGAGACAACCCAAAACACAGCUCUUUGCUCAACAGGACACCCUCCGAUUAUGAUCUUCUGGUGCCCCCUUUAGGUGAAGAUGCGUUUGAUAGCUCACCCCCUUCACUGCCACCACCACCGCCACCUGCUCGGCACAGCAUGAUCGAGCACACAAAACCUGCUGGCUCAGGAAGCCGACCUUCCUCAGGACAUGAAAUGUUCCUUCAUUCUGAUCCCCAUUUUGACCCAAUAACUGGUCAUGUUCCUUUACCACCUGCUCGUAGAGUAACUGGAGAAAAUGUCAAAACAAAUAGGACGUCUCAAGACUAUGAUCAACUUCCUCCCUCUUCAGACGGUUCACAAGCACCAGCCAGGCCCCCUAAACCACUUCCUCGGAGGACUGCACCAGAAAUACACCACAGGAAAGCAUACAGCUCUGACAGUUCCACGGAAAACGUGGAUGCAAAAAUUGCAAAACUUAUGGGAGAAGGCUAUUCCUUUGAAGAAGUCAAGAGGGCACUUGAAAUUGCCCAGAAUAAUGUUGACGUGGCCCGUAGUAUUUUAAGAGAGUUUGUCUGUUUUCCUCCACCGGUCUCCCCACGUCUCAAUCUAUAGCAACGUCACAAUAUUCUCGGAGCAUUUGAUUUCUGCACAUACACGUGUGGAUCGCAAAAUGAGAGAAAGAAGAGAAUGGAAUAUUUUUCUUUCAUCCAUAGUAGAAGGGUGUUUGUUUCCAGCCGCUUUUCAAAGGCUCCUGGCUGCUCCAAUCAAGACUUAUAAAUAUGCUGAGGCUUAUGUAUUUUUGCUAGCCAUACUUUUUAUAAAUCAGGGUUGAACUGACAAAAUAAUUUAAAGAAGUUUACUUCCCUAGAACUUUUUAAUCUGUGAAAUGCUUUUUCUUGUUUACAAGUUGGCAAGUUACAGUUUUCUAGUUGAUGCCUGUAUUAUGUUCCUGUUCAUAUUCCCUUGUACUUGUGGUCAGUUCUGCUGUAGCAUUCCCAACGGUUUCCAUGCUGACCACCACAUCAACUAAAUCAUCACUUUCCAGAAGUUCUGUGUUUGUUUCUCUUAUAAAAUGCUUUAUUUGUUUUUUGCAUUUCAGCUCAUCAAAUGCAAAAAGUAUGUGGCCUUCACUACUGAUUUUUUUUGUUGUUGUUCUAAGAUUCCUUUGCUUUUGAGGGAGGAAAUAUCUGAAUGUAAAAUGCAUUACUCUGUCUAUGAACUGCCUUUUUAAAGGUGUUGUGACAGUAAUGUCGGGCAGCUUUCCGUUUAACAUGAAUUUCAUUACCUGUAGUCCUCAAGGUCAUUUAUACACAGUUUCCAGAAAAAUAUCCCAACCAACAAAUAAAACAUUUCAUGCAGCAGUAA